AUGGCGCGUCUGAGGCCAGCAGUCACCAUGUCGGAGGUGUCUGUGAAGUGUGAGAGGCCAAAGUUGCCGAAAUUUGUUGACGGAAAAGACAGUAUGGACAGUUAUUUACAACGGUUCGAGCGCCAUGCUGAGCUGUCUAGUUGGCCACGAAGUGAGUGGGCGGUGUCGCUCAGUGCGUUACUGUCGGGGCAUGCACUGGACAUUUAUUCACGCAUGCCGACACAAGCGGUUCAAGACUAUUAUCAGUUGAAGCAAGCGUUGUUGAGUGGAUAUGACUUCACGGAGAACGGCUUUAGGCGACGUUUCCGUGCAAGUAAACCAGAGAAAGGGGAGAGCCCCGAGCAGUUUACAGAAAGGUUAAGAGCAUACCUUUAUAGAUGGAUUGAGGCAGCGGGGCAAAAGACGGACUUCGACGGUCUGUUGUAUAUAGUACUGAAAGAGCAGUUCAUCGAAGCCUGCCCCAAAGACUUGGCAGUCUUCUUACAGCAGCAAGAAGACCAGAGCCUAAAAGCAUUGUCAAAUGCUGCGACAAGAUACCUGCAGUCGCAAGGCAGAGAGUUCACAGGCAGGUUCAGAGGGUCCCUGUCUGCAGCCGACACGGCCCAGAACACCACAUCUGCCCAGCGCAGCCAAGGUUACGAUCGGCAUCAAGGCAACGAGCUGCGGUGUUAUUCCUGCGGUGGAAAGGGUCACAAAGCCAUGGCGUGCCCGAGCAACUCGAUGAGACAUUCAACCAGCCGCCAAACAUUGGAGGGAAACACACGACGGACUCCGCAACCGUCGAAUCGUCAUCCUGUGAUGUCAGCAAACGUGGCCAUUUGUGAGGGAGAUGGCCAAGGGCCAAGCUAUGAAGGCCGACGACAACACACGAUCGCUACUGACAGCACGACCCAGAACGAGCGGCACACUCCAGUGGUAGACUGUGCGUUUGCCGUGAGAACUACCGGCGACAUUGGUAAUAUGCCGGUGUCACGCGGACAGGUGGGAGGUAACAACGUCACCGUGCUGAGGGACACUGGGUGUUCUGGAGUCGUCAUCCGGAAAGACCUUGUGUUAGAAGGCCAGUUCACGGGUAACAGCUCGAGGCUCAGAUGCUGCCACGGGCAUACUCAGGAUGUGCCGACUGCUGAUGUUGAAAUAUCGUCGCCGUAUUUCAGUGGCCAGGUGAAUGCAGUAUGCCUCGAUAACCCGCCAUAUGAUCUGAUCAUCGGCAACAUUGAAGGCGCUAGAGCCGCUGAUGACCCCGACCCAGAGUGGGAACACACAUGUGCUGUAAUGACUAGAGCACAGGCGGCCCAAGAAAAAGUAAAAACCCAAGCUUUAGCUGUCAUACCGAACGUGAGAAUGCCUGACAUUGAUAAAGAAGAACUCAUUCGGAUGCAGCGAGAUGACCCGACACUGGAUCAAUGUCGCAAGCAGGUCGCCAAGUACACAGAAGAUGACGAAAAGAUCAGGUUUGAGGAGAAAGGAGGGGUGUUGUACCGCAUAUUCCGCCAGCGAAACUUCCAUAAUGGGCAGCCGGUCCGCCAAGUGCUAGUCCCAGCUCCCUUACGGCGGUCAGUGAUGGACGUCGCACAUUCAUCCAUCAUGGGUGGUCAUUUAGGUGUCAGGAAGACUUUGGACAGAGUCACUGCAGCCUUUUACUGGCCUGGCAUCUCCGGGGAUGUAACCCGCUUUUGCCAGUCUUGCGAUGCCUGUCAGAAAACGGUGCAUAAAGGCAAGGUGGCUAAAGUACCUUUACAGAAGAUGCCGCUGAUUGAUAUGCCUUUUAAGCGGGUAGCGGUAGACCUCAUAGGUGAGAUUAAGCCCGCCAGCGAGUCAGGACAUAGGUAUAUCCUGACGCUAGUUGACUACGCAACCAGGUACCCAGAAGCGGUCCCUCUGAAGAAGAUCGAUACUGAGACCGUCGCUGAAGCCUUGAUUGGAAUAUUCAGCCGCCUUGGAGUGCCAGAAGAAAUACUUAGCGAUUUGGGACCGCAGUUUGUGUCUGAAUGCAUGAAAGAGGUCUCCAGGCUCCUCAGCAUUCGCCAGAUUACCACCACCCCAUACCACCCGAUGUGUAAUGGACUUGUCGAGAGAUUCAACGGUACCCUUAAGGCCAUGCUAAGAAAACUGUGCCGCGACCAGCCUAGACAGUGGGACCGAUACGUCAACGCACUGCUGUUCGCUUAUCGGGAGGUCACCCAAGAGGCUACGGUUUUUCACCUUUUGAACUGUUAUUUGGACGAACCAUACGAGGUCCCAUGCACAUUUUGA